CAAUUUUCCAUAUAACACCUUUACUCGGUUUCAGCCUUAGAGCACACAUAUACGUCUUUCCCUUUUAUUAUGACAACCGUCCCAGAACCACCAACGACUGUUGGUGCUGCUCUUCCAGCAAAUACGCCUCAUGCCGUCUCUGUCAUGUUCCCCACAUGGCAAGACAAUGUCUAUUAUGAGGAAGGCAACCCUAUUGUUACUUCCAAAAUGGAGUGCGGGUAUCCGCGCUUCUUUGUUCAUCCCUUCAUUCAAAAGCUAUGCGACCGAUUGACAAGCAAGUACGGUAAAGCGAGCGAAUCGGGCAUGCUCUUCCCCUCGCGCAAGAUUGCCGAACGAUGCCGCGAGUUCUUGAAACGGUACUUUUCGGAAACUGAAGCAGUACGCAUUGUCGAACUUAAGCUCGGCCCUGUCGAAAAGUACCCAGCUAUCCCAAUCUUUUUGGUGCUGUUCCCCAAAGAUGCUUUCAAAGUAGCCAAGCAGUUUUGGCAGCACAGUGGAGAUAUUUUAUCGUCGCGUAUGGCCGAACAAUGUCUGCAAAUUUUGGACGAUCAGGAAAAGCAAGAACAGGAACAGGAGCAGAAACGACCAGCAGCAGGUGGUGGUAGUAAAGGCCGCUAUGCUAAUAAAAGAAAACCCUCAACGACGCCACCAUUGUCCAGCGACGUAGCAGGAGCAGCAUCAUCAUCAUCAACAUCGUCAACGGAAGAUAAAAACAUCGAGGCUGCAACAUACGUGGAAGAACGGUACGGUCGCAAUCUGCCUAUUGAAUUUGCAGAUCAUGCCAAGGUCGCACUCCGGCGACGCAUUGCUGGUAUUCUUGCAACCGAAAGCGCAAACAUCCAAGAUUAUGAAAAGGCUACAGAAACCGAGCUGGAAAACCAACGUGCUUUGCAAGGCGAUCGCGGUAUCAAGGGCUUGUCAGAGAAUGAUGUCUACUUGUAUCCUUGUGGUAUGAGUGCCAUUUUUCAUGCACAUCGUUGUGCCAUGACUGCAUUAGAUGCAUCACUUAAAAGCGUUUGCUUUGGGUUUCCUUAUACGGAUACGCUCAAAAUUCUUCAAAAAUUUGGUGCAGGUUGCUAUUUCUAUGGUUUGGGCGAGGAUAAUGACAUUGACGAUAUUGAAGCAAAGCUCAAAUCGGGCGAACGGAUCUUGAGCUUGUUCUGUGAGGUACCUUCCAAUCCACUCCUCAAGACCCCAGAUUUGAAGCGGCUGCGCAAGUUGGCCGACGAGUAUAAUUUUAUGAUUGUUGUCGAUGAAACGCUCGGCAACUUUUCAAAUGUGAACGUGCUUCAGCACGCUGACAUGGUCGUCAGUAGUCUUACCAAAGUAUUUUCAGGCGACAGUAACGUCAUGGGUGGCAGCAUGGUUUUGAAUCCGAACCGGAAGCACUAUCAAGCGAUCAAGGCUCAUCAGGAAGCUGAUUUCGAGGAUUUGGUAUGGUGCGAGGACGCGCUCUUUCUGGAGCGCAAUUCGAGAAACUUUAAGUCUCGUUCUAAACUUAUCAACGAAAAUGCUGAAGCCUUGUGUGAUUACUUAGCAUCACAUCCUAAAGUGAACAAGGUGUUCUAUCCCAAAUUUGUGUGCAAUAAACACUAUGAAGCGGUGAAAAACCCAGCUGGUGGCUACGGUGGUCUGUUUUCACUGAUGCUCAAGAGCGAAAAGGCAGCACAAGUAUUUUACGACAAUCUGCACUGCGCAAAGGGACCUUCUCUGGGUACCAACUUUACGCUUGUUAGCCCAUACACGAUCCUCGCUCAUUACACGGAGCUUGACUGGGCCGAAAAGUUCGGUGUCUCGCGCUAUCUGGUCCGGGUCAGUGUCGGCCUCGAGCAGAGGGACCGUCUCUUGAAAACAUUUCAAAACGCGCUAGAUGCGGUCGUUGAUGAAGUGUAGUAGAAUAAUAUGUCUCUUAAAUAUGCUUAUUUCUCUUAUCACACUUUUUAAAUCUCAUAUCAACGUGGAAUAGAAAGAGUCUCCAUUUCCUUCUUGUCAAAACUCCCCCAUCCAAAACUUCCUGUUGUCACACCGCGAAACCGUUAAAGUAGCCAUCUCCUACGCCUAUUAUACACAGCUUGCUUAUAAAUAUUUUUGACUUCAUCGAAGUUCACCAUCG